AAGGAAAGGCUAAGUGGUGCACUUCAGGCAAAUGAAAUAGAUAAUGCUGAAAGUAGUGUUAUUAGGCUAAUACAGACUAGUAGUUUUGCGAGCGAGAUCCAAGACUUAUGCAAAUCAGGCCAGGUAAGCCCUAAAAGUGCAUUGCUGCGACUACGUCCAUUUUUAGAUAAAAAAGGGUUGAUUCGGGUGGGCGGUUGCCUAGGAAAUGCAUCUACUUUAAAUGAGUCGCAGCAACAUCCAACUAUUUUGCCGGCGAAAAGCGUUUUCACCCAAUUAGUGUUUAUAUAUUGGCACGAUAACUUAAUGCAUGGUGGCCCGCAAGCUGUUUUAUCAGCUGUUCGUCAAAAAUAUUGGCCACUUAACGGACGAAAUAUUGCGCGUCAAGUUGUACACCGGUGUGUAAAAUGUUUUAAAUAUAGACCUGCUGUUUUCCAACCUAUUAUGGGUGUACGGCCUGCACGGGUAUUUAAAAGAACAGGUGUAGAUUUUGCGGGUCCAUUUAUUAUAAAGUCUAGCUAUGCCCCUUUAAAUAAAGCGUACGCGUGUCUAUUUGUUUGCUUUACUACUAAAGCAGUGCACAUAGAAUUGGUAGGUGACCUGAUCACUCAAUCUUUUUUAAGCGCAUUGCAAAGGUUCUGUGAUAGACGGGGACUUUGCACUGACAUAUAUUCCGAUAACGCAACAAAUUUCGUUGGCGCAAACCGUCAGCUCCAAGAAUUGCGAGCACUUUUUCAAUCUACGGAACAUCAAGAGCGUGUUCAAGACACAUUGUCAAAAUCUAGUAUUCAAUGGCACUUUAUACCACCGCGGUCUCUUCAUUUCGGCGGCCUUUGGGAGGUGGCAGUGAAGUCGCUAAAAUCGCAUUUAUAUCGGACGCUAGGCAAUGCCUCAUUCACCUUUGAGGAAUUAAAUAUUGUAUUGAUACGUGUAGAGGCAAUUUUAAACUCACGACCUUUAACUCCUUUAUCCUCACACCCUUCCGACUUAUCCAUUCUCACCCUCGGACACUUUCUUAUUGGUGACGCGCUAAAUUCGCUACCCGACCGCGAUGAAAGGGAUGUUCCGACAAAUCGGUUGUCAAGGUGGAGACGAGUUGUGCAAUUCGCGCAACAACUAUGGUCCAGGUGGACAAGGGAUUACCUCACACAACUCCAAGAAAGAACAAAAUGGAAAACUUCUAGUACUAAGUAG